AUGUCAACAUCAACAGCCGAGAAGACGGACCCGGAUCACCCGCAGCCGCCGUUCCAACUCGUCAAGAGAGUCCAGGACAACAUUUGGAUUACACGGCGGAAUGCCCAGCAUUCGGGAUACGCCGACGGCGAGGAGUUCAUCGCGCGCAAGGUGGACGACUUUGACGAGUACUACGAAGCCGGCAAGUACUCUAUGAACUUCACCACCAAGAAGCAGCGCCAGAUCAAGGGCCUGAUGGACCUCCUCUACGAGCACAAUAUGGGCCGCAACAUCUCUCACAUCCUCAACCACGAGAACAUCAUCUCCCUCGCCGGCUACCUCCGCCAGCAACCGGUGCACCCGCGCGUGCAGGCCACCGAGGACUACCUCGUCUGGGACAUUUGCGACGCCGGCACGCUCGAAAUCCUCUUUGCGGACCGCCACUCGGAGCGCGAGCCGGGCUGUUACCUGCCCGAGUCGCUCUGCUGGCACGUCCUCACGUCCGUCAUGCGCACGCUCGUCUGGCUGCACGACGGGUAUCGUCAGGAGGUGAACUGGGCCACCGGGGAGCGGGCGUGGGCCCAGACGGACACCGAGUGGAUGCCCAUCCUGCACCGCAAUAUCGACGCGCAGUCCAUCUUUUUCCAGCACUCGCGGGGCAAAGAGACGUACGGCGUGUGUAAGCUGGGCAAGUUUGGCAAAGCCUUUCUGUCCGGCGUUCCGGCGCGGCGAGACGGUGCGCCCAAAGGAGAGACGCCCCUCCCGCACAGCAUCGGGUUCCCGAUCGCGCCGAAGACGGGCCACAUGCGCCUGACGGAGAUGAUGGGGCAGUGGAAAGAGUAUUUGGACACGGAGAGGAAGAGCAAACGCCUCUACACGCUCAGCGACGAACACUGGGCCCUCGGCGCCGUCCUCUUCCGCAUGAUGACCGGUCGUCGCCUCCCCAGCCUCGACGGCUGCGAGAUGUGCCACUGCAUCCACAUCCGGCGGUGCGCAAAGAUGGGCUGCGUCGAGAACGAGCCGAGCCAGGGCCAGACGCACAAAGGUAGUCGCGGGUGCGAGCACGAGAGGUUCCGGGGGUGCCAGUGCGUCGUGCCCUCGGCCCCGGCCCCGGGGUCCUGCGGCGGGGCCGAGGCGGAUGUGCAUGUUGACGAGGUGCUGUACCGGCUCGGGUACUCGCGGUACCUCAAGGUCGCGGUGCGGAUGCUGCUCGACUACGACCUCGAGGCGCCGGCGGUGGAGACGAGAGGGUUGGCGGACAGGGUCGAGCGGCUGUAUGUGGAGUGGAGGUGCAAGACGGAGGAGGGGCGGGAGUACGUCGACGUCAUGGACGAUCUCGGGUACCGAUUCUUGGUGCUGAACAAGGCCGCUCAUGAACUUGCAGAAUAG